AGUAUUUUAUAAAAUUUAUAGAAAUUAAGGAAAAACACUGGAUAAAACUUAGCUAAUCCUAAUCAGUAGUAUCACACAGUUGUUGAUAAGAGAACUACACAUAGUACUACUAAACAUCAGACAGAAUUCAAAAGACACAGAGAGAGGUUAUUGUACUCUGUUUUAGUAAUUAGGUCAGUUCAAUUCACAACUAACAAAAGUGCGAUAAACUCACUUAAAACAAUUUAAAUUCACGUGUAAGUAAUUCGUUUUGCAUUGUGUCUCAAAAACAAUGUGGGCUACAAAUGUGCGGUUUACCAUUAUUUUUCUUGCGUUCGCAAACAUAUUCAUUUGUAAUACUUUAAAGUUGGCAUCAAUUGACAAAAUUUACAAAAAAGGCUUAGAUGCUUAUGCUAGUGAAAGAUGGUCUGAGUGUAUAGCGAAAUUUGAAGACACAUUGCAUUUGUAUAAAUUGCACAGGAUAAUUCUAAUAAACUGCAGACUUAAGUGUGAUUCAAACAAAUGGAAUUCAGAAAUCGAAGAAAUCGAAGAUGUAAGAAUUUAUGAAAAGUUUUUAAAUACAAGACUGUGCAUUACUGACUGUCAAAUCAAGGGAUUUGAGGAUGCCCACUUAAAUAACAUGGUAUCUGAAUCUGUCAUAAAUGAUAUGAAUUCCAAAAAGCCUUAUGAGUACCUUCAUAUAUGUUAUUUCCAAAUGAAUGCUUUCCCUAAAGCAGCUUCUGCAGCAUACACCUAUCUGUCUGCCAACCCAAAUGAUGAGAAAAUGAAAAAAAAUCUUGAAUAUUAUCUUGAUCAACCUGAAGUUGAUGCAAAUGAAGUUGUAGAUUUUGAGAGUGAAGUUUAUAAAAUAUUGUAUCAUCUUGGAAUUAAGGAAUACAAUUUAAAAAAAUGGGCAGAAACAGCUGCUAACAUGGAAGAAACAUUAACUGAUUAUUUGUCUUGGGAGAACAUGUGUCGAGCUGAAUGUCAACAUCAAUCUGAAUUGGAAUGGUCUCCUGAAUAUUCAGUCACUAUAUCAAAUUAUAUGAUGUCUCUUGUCAUAUGUAAACAAAAUUGUCAAAAAAAACUUGAGUCAUUAAAUUAUGAUUCAGGAAACAGUUUUCUAGCUGAUGUUCUGAAUUAUUUACAAAUUUCAUAUUACAAUCUAGGAAGGAUUGAAGAUGCAGCUAAAGCUGUAGAAAGUUAUUUAUUAUUGAUACCUAACGAUGAAGACAUGUUAUCAAAUAAAAUGAUAUACAGUUCUCUAACCGAUGAAAACAAUUUCAGUGUGAGAUCUGAUAUUACUUACUAUUUUAAACGUGAUAAAUAUGAAAGAAACAUCUUACACAAACUUUAUAAUUCUGAAAUAGAUAAUGCUAUAAUUUCUAUGCAAGAAUAAUGUGCAAGUAAGACAAGGUUCUGUCUUCGAUUAAAUGAUAAUCAUUAACAAGAACAUUCAAUUUUGCCAAAGCAACUGACUAAUUAUUACUAUUAUAUGAAAAAAACUCAUGUUUUAAUGUACAAGAAUAUUAUAAAUAUGCUUUUAUAUUUUUUUAACAUUGUACAAUUAUUUAAUAAGUAUAACAAUUUAAAUUGAAUUAUGUUUAAUGUGAUAUGAAAUGUGCCAUAAACUUUAAAAUGAUUCUUAAUUUUAUACA